AUCAACGUCAACGUAAUAAUCCAAAAACAACAAAUAAAGACUCAUGAAAACAUUUUUAUUUGUUCGAUAUUGUUUCUGUUGGCAAUUAUAAGAUAAUAUCGUCUAAAAGUUUACGAUCAAUUGUUUUGGAAACCACCUCCAUUUAUCUAAAAUUCUUAAAGAUAUUGAAUUCCAAGAAAUAGCGGGAAGGUAAAAAAAGGUCUAAAAUUGUUACAUUAUGACGACAUUUGAAAAUUUAACAAAAUCCCAAAAGCUACGAGCUUCGUUACAUCGAGACGUGCAGGCCAUUUGCAAAGAAACGUGUCAUAACCUUGGCUUGGACAUAACGAAAGCCUCAAUGGAAAUCAUUGCUGAGCUUGUCUAUAAGAAGUUAUGCAUUUACGCUCUUGAUUUGGAGGCAUUUGCUAAGCACGCUAAACGAAGCACCAUCAACUGUGAUGACGUCUUACUAUUAGUAAGAAGAAAUCCAUCUUUGAAAGCACAUUUAAGUGAUCUAAUAAGUAAUCAACCUUCGACUUCAAAAGAUAAAAGAAGAAAGACAAUUGCUGUGGCAAACUUAAAAGAAACUCUUACAGUUACAACAUCGAAAUCAGAAAUCGAAAGUGAAAAGAUAGACAAAGAAAAAGUAAACAAAGAGAAGAAAGAUAAAGAAAAAGGAAUAGAAAAUGACUUUAAAAUGGACAAUAGAAUUAAGGAUAUGUCUAUAGAUGGUACUAUAGAUUUAACUUUUGAUUAAAAAA